UAGCUCGGACACGCCCGACCCACGGUGGGCGUAGUCAACAGCCAGUUGCAGCGAUUCUAUUUAGUGGGAGAAGCUUUUUCGGCGAACACGCGGUCGCGACGUCACUUUGCGACGCGACACCGAGCCGCUUGGUCGUGUCGUCUGCUUCGUGUGAAGAUCGUGACUCAUAUAAUCGCGGAAUCAAUCAAUUGCAAAGAACGAUUAUCAAUCCACCGAGUGCGAAUGGCCAAACUAUGGAUUGGUUAACGAUCGCUUCGAUCGCACUAGAUUUAUAAUAACCAAUUUAAGAAAUUACAAGCGUCGAUUGGAUGAAAUUACUUUAUUAUAACGUAGAAUUAGUCAAGUGUUGAUUUUGAAGAUUAUUCUGACACCCUGCUCAAUCAGUCGUCUUUGAUCUUUUAGACAUUUUCUACAAUUUGUUUAAGUCAGUGUCAGAGGCAGAUUAUAUUGCUCAAGUGACAUCUCGCAUCGAUUAAAUUUUCGUAGUGUUAACAUUGCAAGGACAUAAUCUCAAUAAAAAGUAUGUGUUAAAAAUCUACAGUGACCGCAGGAUAUGGCAGCUAUGCAUUACAACGCGCAAAUGGUCUCAGAAGAUUUGCAUCAGCAUCCGCAACACCUCUAUAAUCUUCAACAAAGACUUCAGGAUCCCGGGUCUUCGCCCAGAUCAGAGGACGCCAGAUCGCCGCUGGACAGCCGAGUGAGAUCGCUCGAGGAAGUACGUUUCGUAGGUGCCAGAUCACCAGAUGUGGAAGACAGAGUAAUCAGAUACCACGAGGAUGCCGGAAGUAAACGGUUCAAAAAAGACCACGCGGGUCCAAUUUUUUUCCAGGACUCGGAGAACUCUUCCAGGAAAUGUUUUAGCGAUGAAAUAGCAACAAAUCGCUGUCGCGAGCCAGAAAGUUCUCCUGGAAGAACGUCUUCCCCACAAAAUUACAUCCUCAACUCAUCAAAUCAGCACAACAGUUCCAUUGGCAAAACGUCCUUCUGCAUCGAUGCGCUUCUGGGUCGCGCCACUAAGCAAAAUGAAAUAGAACAGUCAUCGGCCGAUCGACAGAAAUCGUUCUCUAGAAAUCACGGUGUCCAAUCUGACGGCCUGAAUCUUGGUAGCAUUCAAGAACGAGAAUCCCCUAACGCCAUAAGGUGCUCUAGUGAUCAAAGAACCGCCUUAAGGAAUUCUCUGAAUCCUUUUGUUCAGCAUCAUGAAUCCGAUUCGCCCAGUCUAGAAGCUCGAGAAAGACACUCCUCCAAUCGCGAGACGGUUCUCGGUCUUCAUUCCAACAAUUCCGGCGUGUCUGUCCAAAGGGGUCAGUUUAGGCCCGAAACGGGGACCAGUAACUACCGGAACGAUCGACUCGAGAACGUCGAGGACGACACAUCGGUUGACGUGGAUCCGACGCGAACCGGAAGCGCUAGUCCUGGGAGUAACGCGAGUCGCAGUCCUGCUUCUAGUCCUCCCAUAUCUCCCGGCUCGGAGGAUCCUUCCAGUAACGGGGUGCUAAACCAUCAGAGCCUUGUGUCCGGGCCCUAUGGCGUAAGCGCGGCGGUGGUCAGACAGAAUCAGGGCCUCCUACUGCAUCCCGCGGGACCACUUAUCCAUCCGGGAGGAUUGUACUAUCAUCCGGCCGGCGGCAGCGCCUUCCACUCGAUACAUAAGGAGGGUCAACCGGUCGGCCAUCCCCAAUCCGGAGGGCCUCAUCCUCAGCAACACCACAUUCAUCCACUCCAGCUCGAGUGGUUUGCCCGGACCGGCAUGUUAUAUCCGAGACUUCCCGCGGAUUUGGCCGGUUGCGCAGCACAACAUGCAUUGUUAGGCAAAACCAGAAGGCCCAGGACCGCCUUUACAUCGCAGCAGCUUCUCGAAUUGGAGAAGCAAUUCCGACAGAAUAAGUACCUCAGUAGACCGAAGAGGUUUGAGGUCGCGACGUCGCUGAUGCUUACGGAAACGCAGGUAAAGAUCUGGUUUCAAAAUCGCCGAAUGAAAUGGAAGCGCAGUAAGAAAGCACAACAGGAAGCUCGUACGAGUGGAAAAGUAGAGGAAGCCGGAAGCGCGAGAAGCGCCGAGAGGGAUACUGGAAGUGAUGUCAGCGUGAAUGCACCCGGAACACCGGAGGAACCUAGAGGGACGCUUCAAGAAAGUCAGAGAACUGGAACGGAUCUCCAGGAACCUUUGUAUCGUCCUUAUGUGGUUUAAAAAAAAAGCAACGAAGGCGCUUUAACUCUUGGGGGACCGUUUCGAUGAAUUUUUACUUAUUAUUAAGGCUCCUGUUCAUUUGCAGUUCAGUAGCAACUGUUAUCUUGGAUUAAUAACACCGUAGGUUAGAAAAUACAUCAUGAAAAUUCUUGCAACGUACAUUAAAAAAUGUUUUCCAAAAAAUACCAUUUUCAAUCACUAGCAGACUUGUAAAAUGUAUUAAAAUCUUUCUUUUUUUACUCGAAUCAUCAGCAAACUUAUGUAUAUUGAAUUUAAAUGUGCCUAAUCAAAGACAAAAACACAGCGUUUGACAGCUGCCGAAUUAAAGUAAAUAUUUGUUUUUACAUAUAAAAUUACAACAAAAUAGAAAUUUUUGAUACAUUUUAACACUACGACAAUUAAUUUUUUUGUAUAUUUUUAAAUAUAAAAACAUCGCACUAAAAUGAAAAAUAAAUGACGUUGUACGUUGCAAGAAUAAUUUAAAUUUUUUGUCAUGUCAUUUUUUACACGUACAGUGAAUCGUAGAAAAAUUGAACUUUAUUUUUCAAUGAAUUUUGAAACACAACUCUGCAUAAAACAGUUGAACGUAAGGUUGCAUUUCAGAAUCCAUUUCGAUAAAUAAUAUUACAACUUUUUUGAGACCGACUGUAUAUUGAAUUUAGAUGUAUGUAUCUUUUGUGUCGAUAUAUGAUUCUUUUUUUUUACUGCUUUGAAUUAAGUCACCACUGUCAACGCGAACUUGAUAAUUGAACCAGCAGGAGCCUUAAACACAGAUUUCUACCAAAAACAAUCGAUCUCUUAUGCAUACAGAGUCUGUUAAUUAACAUAACGCUCAUCGAUGGGUAGAGCAAAUUGCAGAUCUUAAUAAAAUAAUUUCUCGUUAACCGUUGCAAAAAUCACAAAAUAAAUUUUUCUGAAAAAGAAAACCUUUUUGUUCAGUUUAGUCAGCUCUACUUAUCCAUGAGAGUUGUGUCAAUGUUUAUUAGACACUCUGUGUAUCCCACCUCUAUCAUUUAUAAUAUCAAAAUUCUGAUGUAAAUAAUAUGAGACGAUAUUCACAAACACGAUCGUUAAUAAUACCUUCUUUUGUUGAUCACGAUUAUUUAUAGAUACACGGGCGUCUCUGCUGAUCUUAGAAAAGCGUUUUGCUCAAACCAAUGGGGUAUUAGUUUUAUAAUAGAAUUAUCUUUUUAUUGCCUGCGGAGAGAAGGCGGACGCAUUAAAUCGCGUUUCAAGCAUAACGACUGGAAAAUAUACAUGCCACGAUCGUGCGAUUUAACGAUAAGUGACAUCAAAGAUCUAUCCUCAGGAAAGAUCUAUGAAGUCUCGAGGUGGAUACCAUUUAAUCUGAAUUCAUCGUGUAUAUAGACAUCCUAGAGAUUAUUUAUUCUGUGUUCGCUCGGCUUGUAAGAUAGAAGAGAUGCCAGGCAGACGCUGAAAUCGCGACGCUGUUAAUAUAAAUGGUGUAAAGAGAAAACAGGAUGGUAGCAUCGUUCCUGUUCAGAGGGUACAGGCGUUACGUACUCCAGUACUGUCCCGUACAAGUGCGCGUGCGAGCGAGAAGCAUGUAUUUAUGGCAUAUGAUGUGAGUGUAAAUAUUAUCCGCUUAGGUUCUAAGUUAGUGAAUGCGAUGCAGAUACACGGUAUUAUAAUAUCGCGAGAAGUUCCUAAAUAAAUUAUGAAAUCGAGCAAA